UCAAGAUCUUUCUUUACAGCGCUAAAAUGCCCAGACCAGAUGUUUUCAACUUGGAGGUUUUUGCCAAAUCGGGAAAUGGUAAAAGGGGUGAGUUCAGAAAACGAAAAGUACGACCCGUGUGCUAUUUAGUACUUGUAUUUGUCAAACUGGCUAAAUUUGGUUGGACAGCUGCAGCUUCAUCAUCUUCUGAAAAUUACUACGCCUCAGUCAGCGAGGCACGAUCGAAUUCAAAGCCAACGAACGGAGACAAGCUGGGAGGGUCAAAGUUGACAGAAGAGACAAAGGCCUUAGUAGCUUUGGGCAUUCUUCUGCUCUUAGCGUUCGCAGCUGGUCGUUGGAUAGAAUACGAGAAAAUUCAGAUUAACAGGAUGUUCCAAAAACUGAAGGCUGAUUAUGAGGCGCUGAAAGCCAAUGGGUCCACCAGCCAAAAAGGCACGGGCACGAAAUGCGACGAUUACUGGGAGCCUAACGGAGAAAGCUGCUACUAUUUCUCUCGAGCUGCUUUGACUUGGGAGGACAGUCGAAGAUUUUGCACUCACAGCUCCGGCGAUCUGGUGAAGAUUGACAGCUACAACAAGCAGAGAUUUUUGGCACAAAGACUGAGGGACAUAAAGACCUCUCCAGAGGACAAGUAUUGGAUCGGUCUGACGGACUCCCAGCAGGAGGGUCAAUGGCUGUGGAUGGACGGCUCCCCUCUAAAUCCCAGCUUGGCGUUCUGGGCCCCAUCGGUCCCUGACUAUUGGCAGCGUGAGAGCAACGGCGAGGACUGCGCACACAUGGGUGACCAGGACGUUGCAAACGAAUUGCAGAGCUGGUUCGACAGAGCCUGUGACAUUCCACACAAGUGGAUCUGUGAAAAGCCCCAUAAAGGAUGACAACUCUCUGAUUACGAUUACUAAUGAAACUCCAUAGAAAGACAACAAAUGAAUGUAGUUUCACAAGAAUGAAUGAAUGAAAUAUUUAUUGUCAUCAUCAUCGGUAUCAUUGACAAUCAUUGACAAUUACAAAAUGUGAUAUGAUUUGCCCGAAGGAACCGGAGAAGGAGACAAAGGCAGACGGGAGGAAGCAUAUGCUUAUCAGUUUCCCGUCCCCCAUACAACUAAAGACGCACAUUCAGACAUGGUACAUACAUCAGAUGGCCACAAACUGUACAAUGACACAAUCAACAAUCUGGGUUUACAAUGACUCAGCGUCCAGUCAAGCAACUCUAUUAAUUUCAGGGCGUACAAGGUUAUGGCUUUGUCAUGUCCCUGACAUUUUUGCAUCUGUUUGCUGUGGGAACAUUUUGUUGUGGCUAUGUGUGUGGCAAAAGUGAUUAUGUGUUAUCAAAGCUGGUGUGAGUAGCGACUCAGCUUUUCUUAUAGGUCUCUUAAAAGGAUACAUUACUAAGUUGCACACGGUGGCAACAAUUGGCGCACACAAGGAUCACUGUAACAGUUUCAUCAGACAUGAAUGUAUGAGGAAAAUCAAACAACAUGUUGUACAUAUUUUAUCCCAAGAUUAAUGUCUCCACAGCAAAAAACAUGCUUAUUAUUCAUUUAUACAGUAUCUUUUCCAUAUACUCAGUAAACUGGACAUUUGAAUCAGGAGCUCGGUAGACACAGCAGAUAAUAAUGUUUUCUACAAUUGGGGAUAGGGAGCUCAAUUGUAAUACAUUCCAGGAGAUUGUCAAUCAUAAUUGCAACACCCCCUUCCCCCUUAGAUGCCCGAUUUAUUUGUGUCAUGUUACAGUGCCUUGCAAAAGUA